AUGUUAGAUGAACUAUAUAAAGCAGAACGCGGAGAGAUGGAAAAGAAACUUCAAGCAAAAGAUGAAGUCAUUGAAUCCAAAGACAAAAGCAUACAGAAAAGAAUACCGCGUUCAGUACCAAAAGGAAAGGAAAAGAGUUAUAGGUAUAUGAUAUAUACUGAAGAAUUGGAGAAAGAAGAAGAUAAAGAUAUGGUUAUGUUGCAUUUAGUCAGAAGAAACAACAAGAGCUUUUAUGACUUAGCUAAAAUAUAUAAAUCUGACAGAAACUGGUUCUAUCGUGAAAACUUACCGAUUUCAAUGACACCGAAUGAGCAAAUAAAGGAAAUUGUCAAAAAUACUCUUCCUCAAACACACUAUGACAUCAAAGGUUGCACAAUACUUACAUUCAAAGAAGACUUAACAUUACUGAAGGAAAAAAUAACAGAAUAUUUCGAUAACUUCAAAGAGGAAGAAUGA